AUGGCGCUGCAGCAAGCCCACCAACACACUGUGCUGCCGUCCAUCUCGUCCUUGCUCCACCGCCACCACUUGCCAUCGCAGCCGCCUUCACCCGACGGUGGCUACCAGUCUAAGCAGCCGCAUCUCGCCUCGAUGGCCUACUACCACCAACAUUACACGAUGGGAUCCCGCGUCGACGGCAUUGCCAGCGGCAACUACACACCUCCUGACGAAAACACGCACUCGACGCACAAAGCUCGAUGGCGCCUCUCCAAGUACUGCACGGUCGAGAACUGCGAGCGAGUGUCCCAACGCAACGGCCUUUGUCAUAGCCACGGCGGCAAGCGGUCGUGCAAAGAAAUAUCGUGUCGCGCCAAGGACCGCGGCAACGGGUAUUGCAUUCGCCACGGCGGUGGACGGCCGUGCAAAAUCCCCGACUGCCCCAAGAAAGCUCGUCGACAGGGCAUGUGCACACAGCACUACCGUGUCAUUCACCCCAACUAA